UUCUUCUUCUUCAUGAGCUAGCUUGAUCAUCCAGCUACAAAUAUAUCAAAUUUCCAUUUGUCAAUUAAUCAUAUUUCAAUGAGAAUUUUGUUAAGUUUUAUUACUUGGAUAUUUUUGUUUUCGGUUCUUUGACAAUAUUUGGGUGCAAGGGGAGUGUUUGAAGGAUCAAAAGAAUCUCUUAGUGCAACUUAAUCAAAGUUUUGUAUCUUCUUCUUCUACAUCGAAGCGUAGUUCUUGGAGUUCAAAUACCGAUUGUUGUUCUUCUUGGGAUGGUGUUACAUGUGAUAAAAGUGGUCAUGUUUUAAGUUUAGACCUUAGUAAUGAAUCCAUUCAAGAUGGAGUAAAUAGUUCUAGUAGUUUAUUCAAGUUCCGGUAUCUUGAGAGAUUGAAUUUGGCAUUCAACUACUUCGGUUCUAUACCGAUACCUGUGGGGUUUAAUAAGCUUGUCAACUUGACUUACCUCAAUUUGUCAAAUUCGGGUUUUAAUGGGCAGAUUCCAAUUUCAUUCUCGCGUAUGACAAGCUUCAGUCACUCUAUGAAUUACGUCUCAGCGGGAAUAAUAUAUCAAGUGAAGUACCAGAGUUCUUUAGCGAAUUCCGCAACUUGACGUUUUUAGAUUUGAGUUCUUGCGAGUUGUACGGGAACUCCCCGGAAAGGAUUCUCAAGGUAAGAACACUUCAGAAACUCUAUCUUGCAAAUAAUGAUCAUCUUCAAGGUUCAUUACCAGAAAUUCCCAUGCAUGGACUGCUUCAGGAGUUAAUAUUGCUAAACACAAGUUUUUCUGGCGAGUUACCGAAUUCCAUAGGUAAUCUUAGAUUUUUAUCCCGCUUGGAUCUUUGGCAUUGUAGAUUUAAUGGACCAAUUCCUUCUUCAGUGUCAAAACUCAAACAACUUCAAUAUUUGGAUCUAUCUGAAAACAGUUUCACUGGAACACUUCCAAUGGCUUUGUUUGUAAUACCUUCACUACAAUACAUGGAUCUUUCUGAGAAUCAGUUCACUGGUCAACUUGGUCAGUUUGUCAACGGAUCUUCAUCUUCUCUAGAGACCCUUGAUUUGAGUAUGAAUAAGCUGCAGGGACCUAUUCCGGCAACAUUGUUUGAACUAUCUAGACUUGACACUCUUACACUUUCUUCAAACAAUUUCAGUGGGAUAGUAAAUUUGGAUGCACUUUUUAGUAAGUUGAAAAAUCUUACAGAUCUCGACCUAUCGAAUAACAUAUUGUCAGUAAUCAGUUCUAGUUCAAAUCCUGCAUUAGUUCUCCAGAUUAGUUUUUUGGCAUUAAAUUCUUGUAACCUGACAGAAAUUCCUAGUAUCUUGAAAAACACUGAACUGACCACUCUAGAUCUUUCAAACAAUCAAAUUCAAGGAAAAAUACCCAACUGGAUAUGGAAAAUUGGCGAUGGGAGUCUCAGACAGCUUAAAUCUUUCUCGCAACCUUUUGGAGGAUCCUGACCGGCCCUUCCCUGCCGAUAGUUUCACAUCGUUGAAAUACAUUGACCUCCAUUCCAACAUGCUUCAAGGAAAGAACCCAAUCUUGCCACCAUCAGCCUUAUUCUUGGAUUACUCAUCAAACAACCUUACUUCAAUAAUCCCAAAUGUUUCAUCUUAUCUCUCACAUGCUAUGUUUUUCUCUCUUUCGAGCAACCAAAUUUCUGGAGAAAUACCCGCGUCGAUAUGUGAAGCUAGUCUUGAAGUUCUCGAUGUGUCAUUUAACAACUUGAGUGGACCAGUACCGCCAUGCAUGAGGUCCAUGGCAAGACUCAGAGUUUUAAAUUUAAGAAGAAACAGCUUAAGCGGACAGAUACCCCAUGUAUGGCGUUCACAAGGAAGUAUACCUCCAGAUGAUUUUAAUUCUUAUCCAGAGUCUUGUGAUUUGAGAACAUUCAACCUCAAUGAAAACAAAUUUGAAGGGAAGCUACCAAGUUCUCUAGCCAAUUGUACCAUGCUAGAGGUUCUAGAUGUUGGAAAUAAUCAAUUAAGCGGUGGUUUCCCGUCCUGGUUAGGAUCAAUGCCCGAGCUACGUGUUCUUGUGUUGCAAAACAAUAGAUUUCAAGGUCCCUUGGGUAAUGGUGGAACUGAGUGUAACUUGGCAAUGUUACAAAUUAUAGACAUCUCUUCUAAUAACUUUUCAGGUGUUCUACCCAAAGAAUGUUUUUCUAGUUGGAAGACCAUGAUGGUAGACGAAGAAGAAGCAGCACGGAACCACAGGGAUCAAAUUAUAGGAUUUGGAUUUGCAUUCACUGACGAUAAUUACCAACAGGCAGUGACGGUUACAAGCAAAGGACAAGACAUGGACCUGGUAAAGAUCUUAACCAUUUUCACUAGCAUUGACUUCUCCAAUAAUAAAUUUGAAGGAGAAAUACCAGAUAUAAUUGGAAAUUUUACGUCACUCAACGUUCUCAAUUUCUCAAGCAAUGCUUUCGAAGGAAAAAUCCCAUCAACUUUGGGGAAUCUUAAAAAUCUGGAGUCAUUAGACCUCUCGUCAAACAAGCUGUCAGGAGAGAUUCCUUACGAAUUAGCAGGUUUAUCAUUCCUUGCAGUCUUGAACCUCUCCUUUAACAAACUAGUUGGAAGAAUCCCACCAGGUAGUCAGUUUCAAACUUUUGAGCCAAGUUCUUUUGAAGGAAAUGACGGGUUAUGUGGUUCUCCCAUGUUGAAAAACUGCAGCACUACUGAGGAGGCACCAGAAGAUGUCUUAACUAUUGAUAACGAACCAGAUUGGAUAUUACUCGCGGUACUUUUUCGGGGUUUUUGAUGGGUAUAGGUAUGGUUGUUGGACCUCAAUGUUUUUGGAUGAAAGCGAGAAAGUAUGAUGAUGAACUUGUCAACAAAAUCAUUACAAUGAAAUGUUUCGCAUGUAUUUAUAAAUUUCCUCGCAAGAGAAAAUGAAUGCAGCAGUAAUUACUACAAAAAUGUAAAAAUACCAUGCAAA